UCAAAAAUUAAGCUCACAAUCCUUUGCCGCUUCCCCCCAUUUCAAACGUUCUCUCUCUCUCUCUCUCUCUCUCUCUCUCUCUCUCUCUCAUGAACCCAGAAAGUCUCCUCCACCCUCUCCUCCCAACCCAAAAGCUCACCCUCGGCUGUCCAAUCCUCGACCGCUUCCUCCGCGGCGGCCUCCCCUGCAACUCCGUCACCGAACUCGUCUCCGAAAGCGGCUGCGGCAAAACCCAACUCUCCCUCCAACUCCUCCUCUCCGCCCAACUUUCUUUCUCCCUCGCCGCCUCCUCUCUCUACAUCCACUCAGAAUCCCCCUUCCCUCUCCGCCGCCUCCGCCAACUCUCCCUCUCCUUCCCCUCUCUUCACAACCCCCUCGACCGCAUCUUUAUCCGCCCGGUACACUCCGCAGACCAACUGUUCGACGUAUUGCUCCAGUUAGAUGUUUCUCUUUCUAACCAAAUAAAGACCCAAUUGUCCAUUAAACUGGUUGUGAUUGACUCUAUAGCGGCUUUGUUCAGAUCGGAGUUUGAUAAUACCCCGAGUGAUCUCAAGCGAAGAUCGUCCCUGUUUUUCAAGAUUUCGAGCAAGUUGAAGUCGCUGGCGAAUCGGUUUGGCCUGGCCGUUGUGGUUACGAACCAGGUGGUUGAUUUUGUGGGACCGGAUGAUGGGUUGAAUGGGCUUCGGGUUGGGAAUUUGGGGUGUUUGUAUUCGUCGGGGAGGCGGGUUUGCCCUGCUUUGGGGCUGUCGUGGGCCAAUUGUGUUAAUUCAAGGCUGUUUUUGUCAAGGGACGAGGAGGUGUUGAACAGAGAGAAAAGUUUGGUCGAUGUGAGUGAUGAUGAGUAUGUCCAACGACGGACAAGGAGGCAAAUUCGUGUCAUUUUUGCACCCCAUUUGCCUGAAUCGUCUUGUGAGUAUGCGAUUGCGAGAGAAGGGGUUUUUGGGAUCGAAAGAUGAUAAUCAUUCAUUCUGCAUAAGUUGCGCCCCAUUCACCUGAGUUGUCUUCUGAAUUUGCAACCGUGAGAGAAAGGGUUUUUAGGAUCAAAAGAUGAGAAGUCAUUGAGAGAUGACAAAUCACCCCCUUUGCAUCCUGAGAGCGGAGGGUUUGGGAUUGAAAAAUGAUAAGCCGCGGAGGAAUGCUUGUCGUACUGCUAAGUUUCAGUUCCCUUGUCAAAGAGAAGAUCAAAAUUGAUUCCAAUGGAGUAGCUCUCUUAGUGCAAUGAAAAUGGAACUGAAGUCUUCCCAUUUUGUGUUUGAUUUGUAAGUAGUAUGUAAAAUUGCAAUGCUAAGUCCUGAGUCUUGACAUACUCUUUUUGGGCCUAGAACUUGCUUUUAUCUUGAUGACAUUGUUUUCCUGUUGAAAUUAUC